AGGAAAAAUGGAGGCAGUGCCUCGUCUGCCGAUGUUAUCACUCGAGCUGAAACAUAGUCCAGAGCCGGUGGAAUUCAGCACAACACUGAAACAGUUUAUUCGAGACCAGUACAAUGAAGACCCUGCCAACUACAACAAAGCUUGCUUAGAACUAGAGCAGUUAAGACAGAAUGCUGUACAGGUUACCCAUGACUUCAUUGGCUGCAGCACGUUGAAGAAGUACUAUGCUCAGCUACAGUUUCUGCAGAGCCGCUUCCCACUACAGGAGGGAGGGGAACCCCCACUUAUCUUCACUUGGGAGGACGUCCAAUCAGGAAGGGAGUACUCUCACAGCGAUAUCAAGUUUGAACAGGCGUCAAUCUUGUACAACAUAGGAGCGCUCCAUUCCAUAUUAGGGGCGAUGGAUACAAGACAGAGUGCGGAGGGUAUGAAGGUGUCUUGCACCCAUUUCCAGUGCGCUGCCUGGGCGUUCCAGUACCUGCGGGACCAUUUUGGUAGUUCGUCCAUGAGCCCGGACAUGGCCCAUGAGAUUCUGUCCUUCCAUAUCGACCUCAUGCUGGCUCAAGCCCAGGAGUGUAUUUUAGAGAAGUCAAUGACAGAUAACCGUAAGAGCAGUAUAACAGCGAAGGUUGCUGUCCAGAUCGUGGAGUUUUAUCGCCAGGCUGCAAGGAAUCUGGAAAAUACAAAUACGGAGGGAUUAAUCAGCUCCCGGCGAUACAAGGACUGGAAGCGGCGGAUUGAGAUCAAGAUCCUGUUUUAUCAGACCAUCAUGUUUUUUUACCUGGGCAGUCAGGCUGAGGAGCAGGAGAAGCACGGAGAGAGGCUGGCUUACUUCACAGCCGCUAAUGAGAAACUUACGCAGUGCGGCAAACUUGCUAAGAAUGACAGCCCAGAAAUACAUGACUCAUUAAGAUUUACUUUGGAUGUUGUUGCGGGGAAGUACAAUUCUGCGAAGAAGGACAAUGACUUCGUUUAUCAUGAGAAAGUCCCACCUAUGGACAGUCUUCCUGAAAUAAAAGGUGCGUCCCUAGUUAAGGGGAUUCCUUUCAACCCUAAUGAUCCUGAGGUAUCCGGUCCUGACAUCUUCCAGAAGCUGGUCCCCAUGGAGGCUCAUGAGUCAUCCUCCUUGUACAGUGAAGAGAAAGCCAAGCUAUUGCGUCUGAUUGGAGCAGAGGUGGAUGAGAAGAACGAAGAGCUAACUCAGUUCCUGGCCUCCAUGCAGUUGGACAUGAACAAGUUGAAGUCGGAACCAGAGCGAUUGCCCCAGUCUCUCCUGGAGAAGUGUGCAGCCAUCAGUGUACGGCCAAACGCCGUGAAAGAUCUCGUGGACGUCAUGGGAACUCUUUCAGGGAUUGCCACAGAAGUAGAACUGGGGAUUCAGGAACUAAAACAGACAUUAGAUGAAGAAGAUAAGCAGAGUGAAGAAUUUCAGAAAACUUUCGGUAAAAAGCCGGACACUGUCAUAUUGCCUGAGAUCAGGAAGGAGUGCGACAUCUGUCAGGAGCAGCACACACGAGGCAGCCAGUCAAACGCAGAGCUUCACAAGGCUAUGAACACACACACAGCUAACCUGAAGCUUCUGAGUGGUCCACUGGAUGAGCUGCAGAAAGCCCUGCCCUCCUCAGAGCCUGUCAAAGGACCUGAGGAUGAAGCCAUUGUGAGUGAACUACAGAGAAUCAUGGGAAAGGUGGACGAAAUGAAGGCUCAGCGUUCAAGUUUACACGAACAGUUCAGAGAGGAGGUGCACAAAGACGACAUCACGAACGCCAUCGUCACACACGAGGGCACUGACACGCAGACGUUUUUCCAGGAGCAACUGAAGAAGCAUGACAAAGUUGUAGGAUUCCUGCGUCAAAAUAUGGCCGCCCAGAAGAACAUUUUAAUGGCACUGACCGAUGCAAAUGCUCGAUUUGCUAACAUUAGAAAAGCAACAACAGAGUCCUCAGCACAGCGUGAAGCGAAAAUAGCGGAGUUGAUUCACUCCUACGACGUGUAUGAAGACCUGAUGGCCAAGUCUCAGAAAGGUCUGGAGUUUUACAAGAAGCUGGAGUCUAAUGUGAUGAGAUUACUGCAGAGAUGUAAGGGCAUCACAAAGGUGAAUCAGGAAGAGAGAGAGCAGAUCUCCAACAGAUUUGCUCCAAAAGGUGCCACCCCAUCUCGCCCUGGAGCUCCCAAACCAUCCCAGUCCUCUACACCUCCUCCUGUUAGCCAAUCAGCAUUGCCAUCAUUCGAUGGGCCAAAACUUAAGGAUUAUCUCCCCUUCAUGAAGCCUGCGACGUUUGGCCCAAAGAAAGGCAGUACCCCUCCACCUGAUAUGCUGCCUCAGAUGCCAGCUGGCUACCCAACUAUGCCCUCAGGGGUAGCGGACAUUGCCGGGGUGCCAAGUUCAAGUCCGACACCUCCCGAUAAUUUCGGCGCCAGACCUUCUCCCAGUGCAAGCCCUCGUCUGACCCAGCAGAAUAAAGACACAGGGGGCGCUGCUCCGCAGGUGAACCCUGUAGCACCUGAUUUACCUGUGGGCUACAGCUUCGUUGACGAUCAUCCUCCAGGAUCCUCACAACAGCAGCAAAUUCCCUUUCCGUUACAGAACAGACAGCCGCAAACUAAUCCUAGAGUCAGACCCAAGUACGAGAGCACAAACACUGUGUCUUCAGUGGACACUCCAAUAAUUUCACCUACAAAGGACAACAUGAAUGGACAUUUGAUUCACACGCAUAACAUUCGUCACCCGCUUGGACUUCGCCCUCAAGAUGACCCUGAUGGGCACCAACAAUAUUUACGGAACGCUCAAGGGUACAGUGCAAUGCCCGGGCAGUCCCAUGCCUCUUACCUCCCUCAUGGUCCUAGAUUCCCUCCCCCAGGGCACCAGGGCUACCCUCAGCAAGGCAUUCCUGCAGGUGGAGGACAACCCGGACCUCCUCAACCUUAUCCUCAACUGUCAUCAAAUCCUGCUGCAGGUUACUCCUACCCUGGGUCUGCUGGACAAUUGCCAAUUCACCAGGCACCUCCUCACAGCACAACCUCACAAGGGCCUAGACGAAGCAAUGUCACUGGUGCAACGCAAGGCCAGACAGGAUGCCAACCACCAGCACCUUUUCCUGGCCAGAAUACUGGCAACAUAAAUUAUCUACCACAGCAACAGCAUUUACCAUCCUCUGCGCAAAGUGUCUCAAAUGGAGCCCCCAGGACCUCUCAGACAUCUCAUGUUUCAGGUCAGAUGGCCUAUCCUCAGGGGCAUUUCCAAGCAGGGUCUAUGCACCCUCAAGGAUUUGCUCCUCAACAGAAUCUCCCCAGAUCUCAGUUGUACGGUCAGCAGGCUCUGCCACCAGCUUCAGCACCUAACUUCCCAACAGCAUUCUCAGGAGGUUCUGGUCAGUCGUCCAUUGCUUACCAGCCAUCGCCCCAAGCUAGUAUGCAAAGCGGGCAAGCUUACGCAAGUCAAGGAGGUCAGAUGGGUCAGCCAUGUAUUCCUCAUUCGCAUGGGACACAGCCAUACCCUGGGGCAGGUCCGCAAAUCCCAGGUUCGCAGGCUCAACCGCAGACAUUCAGUGCUCAAGGGUCUUCAUCUAUGGCCUCUGGAGCUCAAAUGCAAGCGCAGUAUUGGCAACAGCAGGCAAGGAUUGGAAGUGUAGAGAGUCAAGCACUAAAUCUUAUGCCUGGAACAUCACAGACAUACCAGCCUGGGCAACAUCAACAACAGGUUCUACAGCAGGGCCAAGCACAAACUUUUGCUCAGCAGGGACAACAACUGGGACAGCAGCAAGUUUCACAGCAGUUUAAUGUGAACCAGGCGGGGCAACAGGUUAUGGCUCAACAAGGGAAUUUGCAAAGGCAACAGCAAACUUUGCCUCAACAAGGGCAACAUACAGUGACCCAACAAAGUAAUUACCAAGGCGUGACCCAGCAAACCCAAUCUGUGCCACGGCAAGGCCAGUUGCAGGGUAUGACCCAAGCAGGCCAACAACUUUCUUUUCAACCAAGGCAACAUGCUGUGCAACAGGGACAGCAGCUCUCUGUAUCUCAGGUAGGACAACAAAUGCAGCAAUUGUAUUUACAUCAGGGCCACCAACCUCAGGUGCCAACCUCUAAGCAAGGGCAACCACAACCAAUUGGCCAUCAGGGGCAACCACAACCAAUUGGCCAGCAAGGGCAACCACAGUUUGUCAGCCAGCAGGGCCAACCACAGCAACUGCUUCCACAAAACCAAGGGCAAUAUAUACAUCAGCAGAACAAAUCUCAGCAGACCUACCUGCAACAACAACAGAGUUUCCAGAACAUUUCACAAGGUCAGACGACACAUAUCCGCUACCCCAAUCAGCCACCACAGACUUUAACCGGUGGUCAGCAUGGAAGUCAGCAAGCUGGGUUUGUUGUGCAGCAGAUACAUUCAGUCCAGGACCAACCACAAGGCUUUGGCCAGUCUUCUGUUAGUAGUCAGUACCAGCAGGCUGGCCCUCGACAGCCAAGCCCACUCAACCAAGGCUACAGCGUCCCAAGUCCAGCGCCAUCACCACAGCCCAUGCAACCUCAGACUGCAGUUGUGCAGGUGAAAGUAGGUCAGCAAGUGCAUAUGGGUCAGCCAGCACAGGGGCAAGUACAAAUGGGUCAACCACAACAAAUAGGUCAACCAGCGCAGGGGCAAGUACAAAUGGGUCAGCCAGCACAAAUGGGUCGACCAGUUCAAAUGGGUCAGUCAACACAAGGACAAGUACAAAUGGGUCAGUCAGCACAAAUGGGUCAAUCAGCUCAAAUGGGUCAACCAACACAAGGACAAAUGGGUCAACCAGCACUAAUGGGUCAACCAGCUCAAAUGGGUCAACCAACACAAGAACAAGUACAAAUGGGUCAACCAGCUCAGGGGCAAGCGAGUCAAUCUGGGCAAAUGCAAAUGGGUCAACAUGGGCAAAUGCGGAUGGGACAAGUGCAAAUGAAUCAGAGUCAACUGACAAUGGGUCAACAAGGUCAGCGUGUCACGGGUCAAGCUGGACAGCCGAUAUUCAAUCAGGUUGUGAGUCAGAACCAACAGCAGUUAAAUCUGGGUCAGCCAGGUCAAAGACAAGCCCAGCAGUUUCCUGUGGCCCAUACAGGGAAUGGUCAACCUCAGACGAGAUAUCAGUCUGUAAGCCAGACACAACCACAAAACGUCAUCUCCACACAACACCCCAGUAUGAUCCAGCCUGGUCAGGCCUCUACAGCUCCAGGUGGACAAUUUACUGUGGGGCAUCCUUCCACAGCCCAGUCAGGUCUGCCUACCGUGGUUCAGUCCCAACAGCCCUUCCCAACCCAGCCUCUGCAACCCAUUUCAUCAGAUCAGUCGAUCUUGCAGCCAAGGCCCCAGGCACCUACAAAUCAACCUGCUGUAGUGUCGCCAGCUCCUACCCCUCCAGCAGCAACACAGACCCCAGCUGCUGCCCCAGUACCGCAUUAUCCCACAGCCCAAAGUCCAGCUCAGACUCCGGGGUCACCUCAAAACCUGCCAGCCCGCAUGGUGUCUGGGGUCACAUCAGGACAGCGCGGCAGUGGGACCACUGCUCCUGCCUCAUCAGGUCCCGCCCUCAGCAGACAACUGUCCUCUUCCACCACCUCCUCUCUAGACGACAUCCUGUCCUCCAGCCCAGACGCCCUGCGAGAGGCUGCCGCCCAGGACACUGUCCUCACCCCUAAAAUCCUGACAGCCCAGGAACUACAGCAGCAGAAAGAGGAGGCCAUGAAGCUCCACGACUUUCAACAGCAGCCCAAAGACCCAUUCACCGUCAAGGAGACCCUGGACAAGUUUGUCGUGGAAGUGGAGCGCUUUGAGAAGGUGGUAGAAAACCUGUGCAAACCUCGCCUGAGCGGACCAUCACACCUUAUAGCAGAGUGGAAGGAGCUUGGUGAGGAACAGGAGAAAAUUGCCCGUAGACAUUCUAUAGCCGUGGCCAGGUGUUAUGUCAUCAAGAACAGAGACCCUGACAUCAUGCCCUAUGAUGAGACAAGAGUGUUACUAAAGUCAGGAAAGGAUGACUACAUCAACGCUAGCUGGAUGGAUGACCUGGCCCCCUCCUGCCCUAAAUUCAUUGCCAGUCAGGGUCCCCUGCCGGUCACACUAGUGGACUUCUGGCUCAUGGUGUACGAGCAGGGGACAGAAGUGAUUGUUAUGCUGUCUAAAGAGGACGAGCCUGGAAAGAAGACUCCUGUUUAUUGGCCGACAGAGAAAGGUCAGGUGAUCCAGCAUGGUCCAAUCACAUUGAACCUCCAGAGUGUCAAAAACAAACAGCUAUGGAUGGAGAGAAUCAUCUAUCUGACUCACACAGAGACCAAACAGGGGAGGACCAUAGUCCAUCUGCAGUACGUUGGCUGGCCAGUAAGUGGUUUGCCAGAGAAGAUCCCAUACAUCUUACAGUUCAUCAACGAAGUGCAGUAUUUCUACAAACAGCAGAGGAGUUUGCUGAAACCUGUGAUUGUACACUGCAGUAAUGGCGUGGGUCGGACUGGUACCUUUCUCACCGUCUAUACAGGCAUGCAGGAGAUCAACAAGGGGUGUGGAAUUAUCGACCUACCAGCACUAAUCACCAAAAUGAGGUCUAAACGCAAACACAUGAUCACAGACAUGGAGCACCUCAAGUUUUGUUACGAGGCAAUUUUAUACCACGCCCAGGAUGUCCUCAUGAAACGUGGUAUUCUGACCAACAAGAAGUCCUUCACAGACAAGUUACCAAGUCCGGGUGAGAAAACACACACAAGAAAACCCUCUGAGGAUUUCAUACUGGGCACGGGAAUAGCUCUUCAUGCCUUAGAAACAAACGUGGCCAAGUUCUCAUCCAAACACAUGACUGGACACGACGCAAGCACAUCAAUGUCGGUUAAACUUAGCGCGACGCCAGGGCAGACCACGAUCCCUGGCGUGAUGGGAGGUGACAGGAUCCUCACGGCAGACAGCGUGAUACAGGAUAUGCCCCCGAGCAACCACGCUCUCCCGGAUCUCGUACAACAACAGCCUAGCAUAAGUCAGAGGUCACAGCAGAAUGAGCCUCAGAGCAAUGUGGACAUGCUGAGCGGGUUGGGAGGUCAGGGACAGGCUGGUCACCCUGAGGGUAACCGGGUGCGGAGCGGAUCCGAGGACAGAAUGACGCCUAACCCAGCGUCUGCCACGCCUGUUCCACCCGGCACCCAGUCCCUGGGCGGCUCCCCACAACAUAGACCCAGGCAUUUACAGGAGCAGUUUUCUAGCCUGCCGCCGUCGUUAGCGGAUCUACAGGACCCUCAUACUUUCACGCUGGAUGCACCAUCGGGAAGGAGGAGAAUUACUAAGGCCAGUUUUACGCAAAAAAAAUCAGCAAUCGCCGAUCAUUCGAGUGACCCUAAUGAUCCACUUAGCAACUUAGAUCCCUUGUGGACGAUUCAUAAAAACGACAAAGGCCAGUCUGUAAAAACAUCUUAAGCCUGCAAUUUUUUUUUUUUUUUUGAUUGUCAGAUUUUUUUAUAUUGUUGACAAUCAUAAGUGUUGUGAAAUAGUGCAUAAGCUUUUCGGCUAUCAUCGUCCAGCUUGUUUAUUCGGGAAAAAAAAAAUUGUGAUGCCUAAUUAACUGAGCAACAAAAUCUGUGAACGUCAAAAGACAAGGAAACUCUGAUCUCUCAACACAUUCUGUCAACCUAUUUUUCUGCGACUGUCAAGGCAUUAGUGUGGCCUUUUUUUCGUAGCUAAGGGGAAGUAACUCCUAAUCUGGUGCUGUGAUAACUGUAUUGCGUGUGACAAGGUUGACUUUGCUGACCAGUGUUUUUAUUCUGUGUAUUAUAAUGGUGUAUAUACACUGUAUAGUGUAGCAUAUUUUAAGAGGCAGUUUUAAAGAUAUGCGUGGAUGAACAGGUAACUGCUGCGGCAGGAAAUUGGAUUUAUGUGGAAAUUUGUAGGCUUUAUGUUGUCGUGUGAAGAGAUGACAAGAAACUGAUCUGGACAUGAUUU